GUGUGUGUCGGUGUGAGAGCGGAGCGAGAGAACCAGAGAUUUGAUAGUGCUCAGUCGUGUGGAAGGAUUCAAGCCGAGAGACAGGUACCCAGGCCGGGCAAAAGCAGCGGGGGACGCCACGAGGAUCGAGGCUACCUUAGAUCAACGGACGAAGUGUGAAGAUUGAAGUCUGGUCACGCACAUCACGUCCCAUCUUCUCCUCUCCUCCUUUUUCCAAGUCCGUUCCUUCAAACAAUCACCAUCAUGGCUUCCAAACUAAACCCGAAUGUCUUGUACGUCCAAGAACCGCGGGAGUCGACGUCUUCACAGGAAUCUGACCGCCUAGCGCAGCCCGAACCCGGGGAAGAGAGCUCGGAUAGCGACGGAGAGACGGACGAGACGGAGCAGAAGCUGAUCCGGAAAGUGUCCACGUCAGGACAGUUACGUGCCAAGAAAAGUGUAAAGGAAGGGAUCCUAUUGAAACAGACCAGUUCUUUCCAGAGAUGGAAAAGGAGGUACUUCAAACUGAGAGGCCGGACACUUUACUAUGCCAAAGACUCCAAGUCUCUGAUAUUUGACGAGGUGGACCUAUCAGAUGCCAGCGUGGCCGAGACCAGUACCAAGAACAUCAACAACAGCUUCACGGUGAUCACUCCAUUCAGGAAGUUGAUGCUGUGUGCUGAGAGCAGGAAGGAGAUGGAGGAUUGGAUUGGUGCUCUGAAGUCUGUACAGAAAUGGGAAACGUAUGAGGCCAGUCUAUUCAAUAUGGAACAUUUUUCUGGGAUGCAUAACUGGUACGCCUGCUCCCACGCCAGACCCACCUUCUGUAAUGUGUGUAGAGAACCCCUUUCCGGAGUCACCUCCCAUGGACUGUCCUGCGAAGUGUGUAAAUUCAAAGCCCAUAAGCGAUGUGCGGUGCGCUCCACCAACACCUGUAAAUGGACCACGCUGGCCUCCAUAGGAAAUGACAUCAUGGAGGACGACGAAGGGGUCUCCAUGCCUCAUCAGUGGUUAGAGGGGAACCUACCGGUCAGUGCAAAGUGUGUGGUGUGUGACAGGAACUGUGGCAGUGUCAGGAGACUGCAGGACUGGAGAUGUCUAUGGUGCAAGGCUAUUGUGCACAGCAGCUGUAAGGAGCAGAUGGGAAAGGCGUGUCCUCUGGGUCAAUGUCGGGUGUCAAUCAUCCCUCCCACAACCCUCAAUAGUAUCGACUCUGACGGCUUKUGGAAGGCCACCUCUCCCUCCUGCACCUCCCCUCUCCUGGUGCUGUGUAACUCUAAGAGCGGAGACAACCAAGGGGUUAAGUUUCUAAGGAAAUUCAAACAGCUGCUCAACCCUGCACAGGUCUUUGACUUGAUGAACGGAGGACCACAGCUGGGUCUGCGUGUGUUCCAGAAGUUCGCCACGUUUCGUAUCUUGGUGUGUGGCGGGGACGGCAGUGUUGGCUGGGUCCUGUCUGAACUGGAUAAACUCAACCUGCACAAACAAUGUCAGCUAGGGGUCCUCCCUCUGGGUACAGGUAAUGACCUAGCCAGGGUGCUGGGCUGGGGAGCGCUGUGUGACCAUGACACUCAGCUGCUACAGAUCGUGGAGAAGCUGGAGAGAGCCACCACCAAGAUGCUUGACAGGUGGAGUGUGAUGACAUACGAGCUGCCUACCAAACACUAUCCCAUGGUGAAGGAAGACGAUUUUAGUCCCGACUCCCCCUUGCAGGUUCACAUCACUCAGUAUGCAGACUCUGUGGCCUCCCACCUCACCAAGAUCCUGGACUCUGACAAACAUACGGAUGUCAUAUCCUCUGCCAAGUUUUUGUGUGGAACGGUAAAUGAUUUUGUAGCGGAGGUGGGGAGAGCAUACGAGAGAGCUACAGAGAACAAGGAGGAGGCAGACGCUAUGGCCAAGAAGUGUGCCCUGUUGAAUGAGAAACUGGACAGUCUGGUGAAGGCUCUGAGUGAGGAGGCUGAUGCCCAGGUGGUCCCAGCCGGCAGUGUGCCACCCCAGGAUGGGGACCAGGAGAGGGGUACAGACACUACCGGAGGGGAACCCCGGCCCCCAUACAGGUCCAGAGAACAGCUGAUGCUGAGAGCUAACAGUCUGAAGAAAGCACUGCGACAGAUAAUAGAACAGGCUGAGAAAGUGGUGGAUGAACAGAAUAAACACACUCAUCUCCAGCGCAUGUCUUCCUCCUCCUCCAUCAAGAGAGAGAACAGUGAGGAACUGAAAGAGGCAGAGCCACGUCACGUCAGUUUAAGCCCCUCCUCCUCCUCCACCAUCGUCCUGGAGAAACCAGAGAGUCUCAGCCCUCCGUCUUUCAACGAAGAUCAGUGCUCAGAGAAGUGUGUCAUGAACAACUACUUUGGGAUCGGUCUGGAUGCUAAGAUCUCCCUGGAGUUCAACAACAAGAGAGAUGAACAUCCCAAGAAAUGCAGUAGUCGUACUAAGAACAAGUUGUGGUAUGGAGUGAUGGGCACCAAGGAACUGGUACAUAAGACAUACAAGAAUCUGGAACAACGAGUACUGUUGGAAUGUGAUGGUGUACCUAUGUGUCUGCCUAGUCUUCAGGGUCUAGCUGUUCUCAACAUCCCAAGCUAUGCAGGGGGAAUCAACUUCUGGGGGGGAACCAAAGAGGACAACAAUUUUGGCGCUCCGUCGUUUGAUGAUAAGAAGUUAGAGGUGGUGGCUGUGUUUGGCAGUAUGCAGAUGGCGGUAUCCAGAGUCAUCAACAUCCAACACCACCGCAUAGCACAGUGUCGUCAGGUGAAGAUAACUAUCCUAGGGGAGGAGGGUGUACCAGUACAGGUGGAUGGAGAAGCAUGGAUCCAACCUCCAGGGAUAGUCAAGAUCACACACAAGAACAGAGCUCAGAUGCUCACCAGAGACAGGAACUUUGAGAGGACUCUAACAUCAUGGGAGGAUAAGAGGAAGAUUGACACCUACCGUUCCUCCAGGCCCCGCCUCAACUCUCAGCAGUCUAUGGAAUACCUCACAGAGGAGGAAUGUGCUCAAGUACAGCAGCUAGGGAUGGUGGCAGACACACUCAUCACUAGGAUAAGAGAGGCAGCUAAGACCCAUAAACUGGUAGAACAGGAGUUAGCCCAUGCUGUCAAUGCUAGUGCCAUGGUCCUCACUGAAGCGUUCCCCUCCAAACCAUCCAGCCCUGAGUGUCUGAGUCGCAGUACAGCAGUGGAGAUUGUGAACAGCAGUAAAGUCCUUCAGCUGGAGACCAGGAUGCUGCUGGAGGGAAAACUACUGCUGGACUCUCCCCAGGAAGAGGACCUUCUCUCUACUCUCAACUCUCUGAGUGCUGAGCUCCACAAGCUAGAUGACAUACACUGGAUCUGCCCUGCCAUGCACUGCUCAGAGGAAGUGGAUGACUCUGUGAGAGUGAGUGGUAAGAGUAGUAUGAAGCUAAAGAUGAUGCCCAAGGUGAGGAAGGAGAGAGAGAAGCUCCACAAGCAGAUGUCCAACAGCUCUCUGUCGGCGGAGAGGUGGGAAAGUGAGGAGGUAGCUGCGUGGCUGUACUCUCUGGGGUUAGGGGAGUACAGAGAGACUUUUCUCUCCAGGGACAUCCAGGGCUGCCAGCUCUCACAGCUGCAGCGGCACGACCUCAAGGAUCUUGGGAUAUUAAAGGUGGGGCAUGUGAGACGGAUCCUUCAGGCAAUUGAGGCACUUAACGAGGAGGCUUAACAAGACACCUGUCACUAUGGCAACCGGAGGGGGGAUAAAUUAUUCAACAAUUCAAUGACCCUCUCCCCAUUCAGCUAUCACCUCCCCCUUGAUUCAAUGUUCCCCCAUUUUGUAAUCAGGGAGUUGUUUUUAACGAGGGGGCGUGGCUUUGCAUUGCAUCACCGUUUGGUGUGCUUCCAGAUAGUCAAAGUGGCCAAUCAGAGAAGAGAAAAUGGUUUCUAAGCAUAUUUUGUUUCAUUGAUGACGCAAUGUGUUUACGUAGGCGGUGCUGUCCUUUGCAUGACGGGAGUGGACAUUUUGUUUUUAUUCUUAGAUAUAUCCUCUUUUUGGGGUUUAGGCUACCCUUCCUCUUUUCUCUCUUGACUUUCGGGACUUUUUAGUUUCCUCGAGAAAUCUGAAGUUUGAGGACAUCUUUGUUGGAGGACAUCAACAAUAGCGAAAAACAAAAAACAAUGUAAACAACAUCUCAACUUAUUCUCAUCUGAUGAACUGGAGACUUAAAAAUGUGAAAAGGUUUUUAUUGAAGGGUCAUAUUGAGGAAUGUAAUACAUGUGGACUGAAUAUGGUACUAAUAUAUUGGCCUUGCUAAAGUACUUACCAUAAUAUCUGUAAUAUAUGUACUGUAGCAUCUAGCAUAUCUACGGCUAGCUACUACAGUACUUACUGUAACAUCUAAGCCACGAUGACCUCAAUGUGUCCCUGCAUGCCUUCCAAGUUGGAUGAAGUAGCCCAUUGACACUGAUCUAAGAUCCGUCUAAGGUUUGCAUUAUCCCUCCUUGUGGUUAUGCUUAGGUUUUGAGGAGGGAAAGUUGAUCCUACAUCUGUGGUUAGGGGUAAUUUAUACCAUCCCUAACCCCUACGCUGGAAUAUAAAUGCAGUGAGAUUUUUUAAGUUUUCUGUUGUAGAAAUUGAGUAACAUUUUAUUUUGAAGGUCUGGUUAUAAACAGCUUAUAAACUUGUUAAUAGAUAGUUCAUGUAUAGUUUUUUAACUGUUAACCGCUAUAUCGUUCUAUAUAAUUUAUUCAUGUAUUUAUGAAUAAUAGUUUUGGAUGAAAAUAAUAUAUAUUACAAAGACCAGUAUGCCGAAUCAUAUAUAGUUAAACCAUGAACAAGACAUAUAAGUUAAGUUGUAUCAUUAAGUUAAAAUAACAUGUAUUUAAUUCAUUCAAUGCAGAACAAGCUAUGUAUUAGUCAUUUAAUAGUUAAGUAAUGGUGUUUAUUAUCAGCCUUCCAGAUAAAGUGUUAGCUAUGAUUGUUCUACUGUACCAAUAGCGUGCUUGUCCUGCUGUUAUUGCUAGAGGCUUUAGUGAUGUACCUGUACAUGUGUGCCAAGUUUUAAACGACAUAUGACGAUUGUGUGUGUGUGUGUGUGUGUGCAAACGACACUGUGUGCGUGUCAUUCAUUUCAAAGUUUACUGUAUCUUGCCUUGCACUUUACAAAGAGAAACUAAAAGAAAAAAAUGUGUGUGUGCGAGCGACGUGUGCGUGUAUGUUGUAAAGUGAUCGUUCACUUGUGUUUUUAUUGCUAUGGAAACGGUCGCUCUCCCUUGUAUUUAUGACACAUCUAUACAGAGAUCAAUGUGUGUUAAUAAUAUGUAACAUAUAAAUAUAACCAAACGAAUGUUAAAGUAUAUUAUAUAUACAUAAUAGAUAUUAAAUGUUUAUUCACUUGUCAGGGGUUGUUCUACUGUACAUGCUCUCAGGGUGGCAAAAUUCCAGUAAUUUCUUCUAAAUUACCAGGUUUCAAGAAAUCCAGUUGGAACUUUUCCAGAUUUUCAGAAGUGAAUACGCAGAAAAACCCAAAAUUCUGAGGAUUUUUGGAAACCCAGGAAUUUUGGGAAAGUUUACAGAAUUUUUCAACCCUAAUGUUCUCACUUUACACAUCCUAAUCUCAUGGAAGACUGGAUUCUGAAAAAUGUUGCUACACCGUUACUCCAACGCUAUGCCAACGGUUCCUUAGCUGCUGUUGUUGCGUCUAUGGCAUGACGCUAGGAUAUCAGUAUUGAAAUCUUGUGUGACAUAACAUAUAUAGUGGUCAAUCGCCAAGGUACUGAGAGGUAUGGAGAACAAUGCAACAACGACUUAACGAUCAAGUCAAGAGGAAACGUUUUGGAAACGUUUUGUUGGACAACAUGUAACAUGCCACGGUUAUGUAACAGUAUUUGACGGCAAGUUUUUGUGAACGCACGCCGCAAUGCGCAAAGCUGGACUCGAUGUUGCACGUUGUUUGUUCAAAGAUGUUUAAUAAUAAUAAUCUUGUGCUGUUAAUUCGUUGUACUGGUUGAUCUCUGUAACCAGGCUGAAAGGUCAGCCUUUGGGCCUAAAAAUUAUUCCUUGAAGUCCUAAGUGUCAAGAUGUUGUAUAUUAUACUAUUUAAUGGUAUCAAUUGAUAAGGAGGAUGUUAUUGUGAUUCAAAUCUUGAAUGUAAUCUUGAAUUGUGAUCAAAUCUUGAAUUGUGAAUCUUUGAACUCAUCAUGUAUUGAACUUGAUUGAGUGUUCCCAAAUAGAUAUACAUUAUGCUCCAUCUCAGAGCCAAACUGUUAUUUUGACAGUUUACUCGACAUAAAUGUUUGUUGCCAAUAAGACAGGAAUCAUGCAGGCUAUGAUUUUACUGUUUUACUGCAUAUGAUUGAUUAUCAUCAGUGAAUUUGGGCCGGAUUACAAUCAAAGGCACGUUGUCGAAAAGCGCACUGGACUUGACUUUUAAAGGUAAUUUACGCUUGAGCCAAUAUCAAGCGUGCAGCGCCCUUCGCGACAGUAGGCCUUCGAUUGAAUUCCGGCCCUAGCCUAUUUAUUUGUGCUAUCCAAUUGCCAAUCAUCCAUGUCCCAGAACCCAGAGAGAGAGACAGCAUUCACUGGCUGCUAGCAGGAGGCUGAAAUAAAGUGUAUCCAUCGCUGUUGGA